AUGUCAAUCGAUAAGUCAUGGAUUGGAAAAUCACGAACCAUGCAUGAGUAUAAAGAUGGUUUAAACAAAUUUUUGGAUUUUGCUUUUGAGCAUCGAUCUCUCGCGGGUCGUCAGAUUAAAUGCCCUUGUCCGGUGUGUGGUUUUGGCAAGUGGCAAACAAGAGAGAAAGUUUUUGAACAUUUAAUAGUCAAGCCAUUUCCAGAAAACUACAAAGUUUGGUAUUGGCAUGGUGAAGAAGUAGUUGGAGUUGGGUCACAAGUUCAUCAAACUAGUCACAUUGUACAAGAUGAUUCGACAUCUCAGCAUCCAAUGGUAACAAUGCUCAAUGACGCGUUUGGAGUUGCUGGACCUGACUUGAAUGAAGAUGGAGAUGGAGAUGAAGACAACAUAGAAGAUGGAGAUGGAGACAAUGCAGAAAAUGAAGAGCACAAUGGAGAAAAUGUAGAAUUUUACAAGUUGUUAGAAGAUGGCAAUGAACAAUUGUAUGAAGGAUGCACAAAGUAUUCAAAACUGUCUUUCUUAAUUAGUCUGUAUCACAUAAAGUGCUUAUAUAGAAUAAGCGACAAAGCCAUGACCGAAUUUCUCAAGUUAUUAAAAGAUGCUUUUGGAAAUGCAAAGAUUUCAAAUACAUUCUAUGAGGCCAAGAAAACCAUAAAUAAACUAGGGCUUAAUUAUACCAAAAUACCUGCUUGCCCUAAUGACUGCAUGUUAUAUUGGGGGGAGGAUGAAGAUUUGCAAGAAUGCAAAAGAUGCAAGACAUCUAAAUGGAGCGAUGCUAAAAAGAAGAAACCAGCAAAGAUCUUGCGAUACUUUCCACUAAAACCGAGACUUCAACGAUUAUUUAUGUGUUCUAAGACUGCUCAAUCAAUGCAAUGGCAUGCUUUGGCAGAAAAGAAAGAUUCGAAGAUGAGGCAUCCGCGGGAUUCUGAAGCUUGGAAGACAUUUGAUUUACUUCAUGAUAGGUUUGCCGAAGAUCCUCGAAAUGUACGUCUUGGUCUUGCAGCUGAUGGAUUCAACCCCUUUGGAGCUAUGCGUACAAACUAUAACGUUUGGCCAGUGGUGCUUAUUCCAUACAAUCGGCCUCCAUGGGAGUGCAUGAAGCCAACAUCACUUAUCUUGUCAAUGAUUAUUCUUGGAGAGAAAAUACCGGGGAACAACAUAGAUGUAUACUUACAACCUCUUAUUAAAGAGUUAAAAGAGUUGUGGUAUGAUGGUGUUCAAACAUUAGAUACGUUCAGGAAUGAAAUGUUUACAUUGCGAGCAGCAUUAAUGUGGACAAUUAGUGAUUUUCCAGGCCUUGGUAACUUAUCUGGGUGGAAUGUACACAGUAAAUAUGCUUGUCCUACAUGUAACUUCAGCACUGAUUCAUAUAGAUUAAAGCAUGGUGGAAAAUGGUGUUUUUUGGGGCAUCGCCGUUUCUUAGAAAGGGGUCAUAAGUUUAGGCUAAGUCGUGCAAAAUUUAAUGGAAAAGUUGAGUUGAGGGAUCCCCCAGCAGUACUAACAGGAUCAGAAAUAUUGGAACAACUUGAAGGAAUCAAUGUUUCAUUUGGGAAAGAACUACAGGAAAGUAAAGGUAAGAGGAUUCGACGAAAAGUUGUUGAAGAAGAUGAUGAAUCGGGGAUGUGGAGGAAGAAAAGCAUAUUUUUUUAUCUUCCUUAUUGGGAGUCUAACUUAUUGCGCCAUAAUCUAGAUGUUAUGCACAUUGAAAAGAAUGUUUGA